GUGGUUUUACACUGACGAGGCGCAGUACUUUAAAUCUGACUCGCUUAGAUCACGACGAGAGCUGGAGGUUAACAUUUUAUAACGACGUGUGUUCAACUACACACCGAUUUGUUUUUUGCCCUUUGUGACUUCACACCCAUUUGGCCACUUUUCUCAUCUAGAUUUCGACAACAUCAGCGAUGUCUUCCGUCCUUCUGUCCUCCAUUGCCAUGGACAGGCUGACCGCAAGGGAAAUCGUCUCGGGGCAGGAGAGCAGAGAUAUUUACCCUCAGGUUGACCCCCUACUGAUGCGCAAAGGAACCUGCCGAAAUCUCUUCGGUCCCGUUGACCAUGACGAGCUACAGCGAGAGUUGACGUCCAAACGUAAGAAAAUUGCUGAGCGGGAUCGGCUACGAUGGAAUUUCGACUUCAGCGAAGGGCGCCCGCUGGACGGUGAACUGGAAUGGGAGGAGAGUCCAGCCGAUGACUGUCCUGCGUUUUAUCGGGAGAGAAUCACGACUGCCGUGUCUAAAGAACCGAAAAGAGAAGUAUUCGCAAAAGUUCCAGGUUGUUCUACAUCUGUGAACACGUUAAACCGAGAGAACGAGGCAGACAAACGUAACGUUAACCCUACGAAAUCUCGCAAAACGACAGCUCACGCCCGGACGAAAAGGCUCACAGAUUUGCGCAUUACAGAUUUCUACGCAAAGCGAAGAACGGGCAGCGUGACACCGAAGGAAAGCAGGAACUUGGAGUGAAAAUAGAAAAUCUCCGGCCUCUGCGUCAUCGAAUAGUGGCGGGAAAAGGCCGGAAGAAAUGACGUCACCGAGUCAAAACCUCCUUGGAAUUUACUGACUCAUGUCAUUACGUCACAAUACGUGAUUCUGCAAGCGCAUCGUUACGAUGAUUGUUCCGUUUUCUGCUUUUUGUUCAUAUAGGCACAAUAUUGGUGUAAAACCAUUUGAACAAGUGACUUUAUAUUAAAGCCAGGACAAGUAUUUAUUUUCGUUGAAUAUUCCUCCGCGUCUGUAUAUAUUUUGUAUUGGUUUAAUUUAUUUAUUUAUUUUUCACAUUUGCUUACAAAUUGUACCUCCGUUUUUAGUAGUCUAUAUGUAGCUUUUUUUUGUCAUAGUCACUUGAAGACGUCCAAAAAUCAUGAUCCUGAGCCAUAUUUGUCACUGUUGUAAAUAAGGUUGCUUUAAUAAAUAUGUAGGCUAUAUAAACAUG